AUGAUAUACUCACGUCUAAACCAAGCCGCGCUCGUAGAUGCCCUUCGCGGCCAGACACUACAUAUUCCCAAUCUUCAGAAUUUCUUCCGGGGUUGGCCCAAUCCUCAAGGUCAGCUCAACCGCCACCAUGAGCAUGUUACGCCAAUUGUCAAUCGAGCGGUUGAGCGCAUGGCUGUAGCAUAUCCGUUGAUCGCCCGUCGAAAAAAGGACGACAUUGCUUAUCUGGCUUGUUCACUAUAUCCCCAAGCUCGUAGGCGGCAAAUGGAGGCUUUGACUCUCUACACGACGUGGCUCGUUUGCUGGGAUGAUGCUGUUGACGCUAACGAGGGCGAUCUUGCGGGUGACUUUAUGCGAGCAGAGCGUUGGAGGGAGCAGACUAUGCGCAUGGUGCGUGAGGCAUUGGCCCUUGAUGAAAUGAAUAUGAGUGAAGCGGAUGACGAUCCUAUCAAUGGCGUGUUUAGAGAGUUCGGUGCGCGGUUCUGUCAGACGGCGCCGAGUGAUCAACGGCGCCUCUUAUACGAUGAGAUCCAAUUCUUCAUCAGCAGCUGCGCAGCCGAGCAGAAACUUCGUUUGGCCAGUCGCAUACCUGAUUACGAGCCGUACAUGAAACUGAGGAUCGGAACUGUCGGCGGGAGAAUGCUCUGCAGUCUUGUACCAUAUGCAACAGACGAGAGGCUUCCAGGGGCGUUAUCGUCAGCUCCAGAGAUCGUUCACUUGUGGAGACAAGUAAGCAUUCUCCAGAGCUUGAUGAAUGAUAUGCUGUCGCUGAAGAAGGAGUUACGGACUGACUGUGUCAUCAAUGCCAUUGCAGCCAUCAUGGAGCCUGGCAUGAGCUUGGAUACUGUGGUUGCUAAGCUGGAGGAAAGGAUGAAAAUGGCAGUCAACGACUUUGACGACGCAGCGAAUAUGUUGCUUCAUAAGACUGAGUUUCAAGAACAAACACACACUAUCGUGAAGAGAUACCUUGAUGGAUGCCGUUCAAUCGUCACGGGCACACUUAGAUUCACAUUAACAUCGCCCAGAUACAACAUACAAAAACUCGUAGAAGAAGACGGGUCAUUAAAAAUUAAACUUUAA